GAGGCUAGUCGCUGCGGCAGGCACUGGAUUGCACCGCUUGGCCUGUGUGGGAAUAGCUACGUCACGGAGUGCUUGCCUUUCUGGGAUUGCCAUCUUCUUAGCCAUCCUCAGCAUUCAUCGCCUCUUGUCCUCUAGACAAUGCCUCGUGCGAUCAUCUCUCCUUCCGUCCUCGCUUCCGACUUCGGGCACCUCAAUGCGGAAUGUAAACGGAUGAUCAAGAACGGUGCAGAAUGGCUGCAUAUGGAUGUCAUGGAUGGGCAUAAGUCACUUCGUGCCUAACAUCACCAUGGGUGCACCGAUCCUGUCAUGCGUGUCUAAAGGCGUCCCAGGCAUUUUCAUGGACUGCCAUAUGAUGGUAGCGCACCCAGAAAGAUGGGUCAACGACAUCGCAGACGCAGGCGGUUCCCUGUACUGCUUCCAUCUAGAGGCUACUUCCGAACCUCUACUUCUCAUCGACGCCAUUCAUGAGCGGAACAUGAAGGCCGGCGUGGCAAUCUCUCCCGAUACACCCUCAACAGCCAUUACGGACGAAGUUGCAGAUGCUGCGGACAUGCUCCUCGUAAUGACAGUAUACCCUGGUCGUGGUGGACAGAGAUUUUUGGACCGCUGUGUACCAAAGGUCUCAGAACUCCGUGCCCGGUUUCCCCACAAAGAUAUCGAAGUCGACGGAGGCGUAGGCCCGAAGACGAUUGGUCCCUGCGCAGACGCCGGGAGCAAUGUCAUUGUGGCUGGAACAGCCAUCUUUGGCGCUGAAAAACCAGAAGAGGUCAUCGCGCUAUUGAAGUCAACAGUAGAGACUGCACAGGCGAAGGCGGCUGGCCGCUCUUAAGUCCUAACCUCCUACCGCGCAUUCACCGAGAAUCGGCCAUACCACCUGCACACAGAUACUCGAUAGAUUCAGAAUGAAAUGUAUGUACCAAUAUAACCAAAUGACAACUAAAAGGUUCGACAUCACAUGUGCAUCCUGUAUCAUGAUCAUUGGAUAUGGUGGGUAUAAGAUGGGAAUGGGGGCAACAACAUGAUGAUGAGUAUCAUAAGGAUUCAUGUCACGGUGCUACAGCCAUGGGCAGCAGGAGUGGUAGCUAUCGUUAUCUUUAGAAGAGAGUUUGAGAUGUAUCGAUACGAAUAUAUGGUGUGUGAUAAUCC